AAUAUCCCGUCAGGAGUGUAGCUAAAGGCUGUCUGUGUCGAUGUGCACUGUGUUAAUAAAGGUUAUUUAAAUCCAACAUGGCGGCGCCUACAGUGCAGUCGUGAGCCAGGAAAACACGUCGUUUACAACGGUUUUUAAGGCUGGUUGGAAUGUUUUCUUUAACGCGGACUGAUGUUUUCUGUUAUUGCGAGCACAGCGCGGAAAUAAAGGAGUAGGAAAUAAAACGACGCAAUCAUGCGGGUGUCCGUGAGAAGGCUGGCGCUGUAUCCCCUGUUUGCAGCCCAAAGGAGCGGAGCCCUCCAGAGUCCAUUUCUGCACCAAAUUUCACCCAGGAGCCGCACCCUGUUCAGUGAGACAGGCGUGUGGGAGAAGGACUAUCGAACAGAGACAAGACGCAAAGUGGAAGAAUGGUGGCACCCGCGAAUUAUGGCGCAGUGGCGGAAGGAUGCACUGGAGGAGAGUCCCCACAAGAAGAAGUUUUAUGUCCUCUCUAUGUUUCCUUACCCAUCAGGGCGACUGCAUAUGGGCCAUGUGCGGGUGUAUACCAUCAGUGACACCAUUGGUCAUUUCCAAAAAAUGAGAGGGCAUCAGGUCUUAAAUCCAAUGGGCUGGGAUGCCUUUGGACUUCCAGCUGAGAAUGCAGCCAUAGAGAGGGGGCUUGACCCAGAAGACUGGACUAAAAGUAACAUACAGUCUAUGCGGGAGCAGCUGGACACUCUCGGGCUUUGCUUCAACUGGGACCGGGAAGUGACCACUUGCCUCCCAGACUACUACAGGUGGACGCAGUAUCUAUUUAUCAAGCUGUUUGAAGCGGGACUGGCAUACCAAAAAGAGGCUGUGGUGAACUGGGACCCUGUUGAUCAGACGGUGCUGGCUGAUGAACAGGUGGAUGAAAAUGGGCACUCCUGGAGGUCUGGAGCUCUGGUGGAGCAGAAGCUACUCACACAAUGGUUCAUCAAGACUACAAACUAUGCCAAGCCCCUCCUGGAUGCCCUGCAGGACCUUCCAGAGUGGUACGGGGUCAAAGCCAUGCAGGCAAACUGGAUUGGAGAGUGUACCGGAUGCUACUUCGACUUCAAACUGAAGGUAAAUGGGAAGGAAACAGGAGAGACCCUGUCAGCCUACAGCUCCUCCCCGGAGACGGUGUACGGAGCUGCUUACCUGGCCAUCCUGCCCUCCCACAGACUGCUGCACGGCAGUAGCUCAGUGCGCUCCGCUCUGCAGGAAGCCUUUCAGCCAGGCAGAGACUCCCUGACAGACGUCACAGCUCACAACCUGUUCACCGGCCGUGAGGUUCCCCUGGUCAUCUCACACAAGGAGACUUUUGAUGACUAUCUGGAUACUGUGGUUGGUGUCCCAGACUGUAAUGAAGAGGAUCUGUCUGUAGCUAGAGCUCUGAAUCUGAGUUGGACAUCAGUGCUGAAAACUCAUGAAGAUGGGACACAAACCCUCAUCAACUCUGAGGAGUUCUCAGGCCUUACCAGAGGCCAAGCCUUUAACUCUAUUACCCAGAAGGCCAAAGAACAGAAGGUUGGAGGCUACCUAACCAGCUCCAAGCUCAGAGAUUGGUUGAUAUCCAGACAGCGAUACUGGGGCACACCCAUCCCUGUGGUGCACUGUGGGUCAUGCGGUCCGGUCGCAGUCCCUGAGGAGGAGUUACCAGUUACUCUGCCAAAGCUGCCAUCAAUUACAGGAAAAGGGGCGUCGCCUCUAGAAGCGGCACAUGACUGGGUCAACUGCAAAUGUCCCAGAUGCAAGGGCCCAGCGAGAAGGGAAACUGACACCAUGGACACAUUUGUGGACUCGGCCUGGUAUUAUUUUAGAUACACAGACCCUCACAAUGCAUACAGGCCUUUUGAGUUCCACUUGGCAGACCACUGGCUUCCUGUGGACGUGUACAUCGGAGGGAAGGAACACGCUGUUAUGCACUUGUACUAUGCUCGCUUCCUCUGUCAUUUCUGCAAGGAUCAGGGUCUUGUGGCUCACAGGGAACCUUUUCGGAAGCUCCUGGUCCAGGGUCUGAUCAAGGGCCAGACGUUUAAGCUUGCAGGCAGUGGCCAGUACCUAAAGAGAGAAGAAAUAAACUUCACAGAUAAGGAACCAGUGGCUCUGAGUGGCGGUCGCGUUGAGGUGACGUGGGAGAAGAUGAGCAAGUCCAAACACAAUGGGCUGGACCCCCAAGACGUGGUCCAGCAGUACGGCGUGGACACAGUACGACUGUACAUUCUCUAUGCGGCACCGCCUGAACAGGACAUCCUGUGGAAUGCUAAGACCGAUGCUCUCGCUGGCGUUCUGCGAUGGCAGUCUCGACUGUGGCAGCUGGUGACCAAGCUGAGAGCAGCACGGCAGCUCGGAGAUGUCCCCAACCCCAGACUGCUGAAAAAGAAAGAGCUCGCAGAGGCCAAAAAGAUCUGGGAGAACAAGAACUACGCAAUUCAAGAGGUGACGACUCACUUCACAGAGGACUUCCUGUUCAACGCAGCCAUAUCUCGCCUAAUGGGACUCACUAACACACUGAGCAGUGCAACAGUCAGGCUGUUGCAACACAGCGUGGCGUUUGAGGAAGCUCUGGCUGCCCUGGUUAUGAUGGCAGCACCCAUGGCCCCUCACUUAGCUUCUGAGCUUUGGGCAGGUCUUUGCCAGGUGAAACACCCCCUCAGCCCCAUCCUCCAACAUGAAGGGGAUGUCCUGCAGCAGUCCUGGCCGACUGUGGACCCAGAGUAUCUGGAGGUCCCUGACUUUGUGGAAUUGUCUGUACUGAUAAACAACAAGUCCUGUGGCAUGGUGACCAUCCCUGUGCAGGUGUCCAAAGAUACCAGUCGGGUACAGCAGCUGGUUCUCGAGAGCCCCGUCGGACAGAAGUUUCUGAGCGAACGCAGCAUAAAGAGAGCCAUCUUGUCUCCCAGGACUGCUCUCAUCAACUUCCUUGUUGAUGAGUGACACUGGAUUGUUCACCACUGCUUUUGAGACAGACAAAAGAGGUGGACUUUUUAAAAAUCUAUUUAAGAAAACAUAAAAGGCUGAACGUCAGUUCAGAUAAAAAUUCAAUGAUAUCAAUGUAAAUAUCUAUAUAGACAUUUUAUUUAUAUGUUUU